UUCAAACCUGGAGACGCUCUCCUUCAGCACAUGGUUUCUGGAAACACUCACCUCUUCCAGCCCGUUCAGCCGCACCGCCGGCUCUGUUGGAGACCUAAGCUGCUCUACAUCAGCCACCCAGAAACGGACAAGCACGGAAGGCGUGGUGUGCGGCACAGAAUGGAGGUCCACACAGUGACGGAGAUACCUCCACGGAUGUUCUAGCAGGUAGAGAGAAGCUAAACCCCGGGGGUAAACAGCGCCUCAUCACUCUCUGCAGGAUUUUACUCCUUCACUUCACCUUUUCAUUUAGAGUACCCUAAACAUCUCCACUCCAGUACGGAUCUCUCCGGAGGAGCUUCUGAGAAGAAGUCGAAACUUAGAAGCAGAAGUAGAUACUAGUGCUGUUUGUGAAUGUCUUUUCUGAGUAAGCGUUUCCUCGGAUUGCUCUGGGACUCUGUGCACAGCCUGACUGCAAACUUCACGCAACUUUUUACUGUGGAUUGCAACUCUCGUGGGGUGUAGGAAGCUCGAGAAGCUCGUGGGAUACACACUGGGAACUCUAGGACUGGCUUUGGAAUUUAGCUUCAGGAGCCAUAAUAUAGAAGAAACUCUCUGAAUCCUCUGUUUAGCUACAUUUUGAAAGUUGCUCCUGCAGAAUGUUCUUCAGAAGACUGUUCUGGUCCGGCUGUGUCGGAGCGAUGGACACACGGCACGGUGUGAUGGCCAUCACCUUCCUGGCCUUCUUCAUGCAGGUGGUGGUGGAGGCUACGUCGUGGUGGUCUCUGGCUAUGAAUCCUCUGCUGAUUCCUGAAGCUUACAUCAUAGGAGCUCAGCCUCUUUGCAGUCAGUUGGCAGGCUUGUCUAAAGGCCAGAAGAAGCUAUGCCAGCUGUACCAGGACCACAUGCAGUACAUAGGCGAGGGAGCCAAAACGGGCAUUCGUGAGUGUCAGUACCAGUUCCGACACCGGCGCUGGAACUGCAGCACCGUGGACAACUCCUCUGUGUUCGGCCGUGUCAUGCAGAUUGGAAGUCGUGAGGCAGCAUUCACAUACGCUAUUAGCGCGGCCGGUGUGGUGAAUGCAGUGAGCCGAGCCUGCAGAGAGGGGGAGCUGUCGAGUUGUGGCUGCAGCAGGGCCGCCAGGCCUAAAGAUCUGCCUCGGGAUUGGCUCUGGGGAGGCUGCGGCGACAAUCUCAACUAUGGCUACCGCUUCAGCAAAGAGUUUGUGGACGCCCGGGAACGAGAAAAAAGCUACGACAAAGCCUCAAUGGAGAACGCAAGACUGUUAAUGAACCUCCACAACAACGAAGCAGGGCGGAGGAUGGUGUCAGACUUGGCCCACGUCUCCUGUAAGUGCCACGGCGUCUCAGGCUCCUGCAGCCUCAAGACCUGCUGGCUGCAACUGGCCGACUUCCGCAAAGUAGGUGACGCACUGAAGGAGAAGUACGACAGCGCCGCUGCCAUGAAGCUCAACGGCCGCGGUAAGCUGGUGCAGGUGCACUCCAAAUUCAACCCGCCCUCCAGCCACGACCUGGUCUACAUCGACCCCAGCCCGGACUACUGCAUCUUCAACCGGACCACGGGCUCUCUGGGCACGCAGGGCCGCCUCUGCAACAAAACGUCAGAGGGCAUGGACGGCUGCGCUCUCAUGUGCUGCGGCCGCGGCUACGACCAGUUCACGGCCACGCUGACGGAGCGCUGCCACUGCAAGUUCCACUGGUGCUGCUACGUCAAGUGCAAGCGCUGCUCCCGGAAAGUCGACCAGUUUGUGUGCAAGUAGCCCCAGCUCCCUUUUACCCUUGAGUGCGAGUGAACCAGAGUGCGAGAGCGAAGACGGGAGAAACAUUGGGGAGGACGUGGAAUGGAAAGAAAAAAAAGAAACUAUAUAAAUUAUAUUUAUAGAGUCAAACAAUUAUACUGUUGUGGAAAAGACUGACAGUUCUACUUUUGUGCUUUUAUUUUGUUUGUGUUUAUUUUGUUUGUUUCUUUCUCAAAACAAUAGGUACAAGAAGUCUAAAGAAACUGAGAAUAUUUAUUUUGAGAUUUUUUUUCCUCUCUUUUAACUUUUAAAAAGUGGAACACUUUAAUUGUAUUGCAGUUAGUGCAAACUGAUCAGACAAAACAAAGCCUUUCAUUAAUCCACAAAAGAGUAAAUCAGUACAUUUUGGCUUGGCAAAGUAAGUGCACUGAUCUAUUUUACUCAACCGCACUGAAUGGGCUUGAGUAAUUUGGUGCUUAAAUGUUUAGUUUCAGUCUCAACCACUGCCUGCUGCUCAGAGCCUGGUUUCUGUUGAUUAUGAAGAGUGGAUAUAACAUGCUUGUUUCGGGUUUUGUGGAUAAGCUCAUCACCGUGCCUUAAACUAAAGCACACUUACGGUUCACAAGCUACACAGUCUUAAUCAGAAAGCAGUCUAGCGUGAACCUCACCUUCGUCUACAUUUUUCACAUCUCUUACUAUAAAUGAUGUCCUGAACAGUUUUUUUUACAGAAUUCACAGAAUUCUCCACUUGUCUCCACUUGCAAGUGUUCUAAUAGUUUUGACUUUGUAGUCUUCUACAAAUGUUCCUCUUGCUGUGUCACGUGUAGCAAGCUUGGUUAGCACAGGUGAAAAGAUGGGACCAACUCUCUGUCCAAUUGCAUUAGAGUCCUCUAAGACCAAAGAUUGGCAGUUUUGGGGUCACUGGUUGCCAAGUCUUUCACCAGCUAAAUGUGCGUUCAGGUGAUUGUGGGUAUGGAAGGUUGCAAUGGGGUUUUCACUGAAGCAUGUGCACUGCAACAACCAAACUGGUGGUUAAUAUAGGGGAUACACACUGGGAAUAAGCACAAACACGAAACGUCAGCAAAACUUUUGCGAGGAAAUGAAAGUUACAUACACAUGUAUGUUCCCUGGUUCUUACACCUUUUUGUUUUCCUGAAGGGCACAUUAAUGUUUGUUUUCACCAGCAGUCACAAGCCCACUGGCUUGUGAAAUACAUUUUAAUCGUAACUUAAAUACAUCUCAUUUUUUGGGUUCACUGUCAAACGUACAAACUUUCAUUUUAACUACUAUACAGUUACCACUAGUUAUCUAUACAACGUCCUUUUUUCAUUAUCAUUACUACUAUUCAUUAUAAAUUCAUCCAGUAUAUUUAUUAGCUGUCAAAUUCGAGGCUUUCAGAAAGUAUUUCUUAUGACUGACUUUUUUAUAUAUGUAUGUUCCUUUUAAAUCAAACUGUUAAUAUGCCUUAAUAAAUUUUAAACUUUAGCAACGUCAAACUAUGGAAACAAACCCUUGAAUCAUUGAAUCAGCGAUGUGCGUUUUCCACAACAGCCAUCUAUUCUUCUACUAUACAAUUACAUGUGCUGCCCCAGUAGCCUCAUUUUUUUUUUUAAGUGCGUGCGUGUGUGCGUGUGUGCGUGUGUGCGUGCG